GUUUGUAAUAAAAACGUUUAUUGGCAAAUGUGUAGGUCAGCCAAAUGUCAAAACCGGUCCAAAUUUAACAGCUAGGGUUCGUCAUUUACAAGUGGAGUAUAUACAUAUAUUAACAUAUACACGCGUUUAUUCAUAACGUACGAUUCAUGUCUAUAAAAGGGAGGUAGAGAGAGCGAGAGGAAAUGGCUGAGAAUCCGGGAAUCACAAAACGAAUCAGAGAGAGAGAGAGAGAGAAGGCGCAUUAGAUACGGAAGGGUCCACCUAAGACCCGUGCUCCACUUUGAUUCUCUCAACCUCUUCAUUUUCUUUUUUAACUUUUCAUUUUCUUGUGUGAAUCGGAUCAAUCUCCAUCUGGUGAAUCAAAUUUUAUAGGAAAAAAAAAAAUGCAGCGUGAGUAUUUAGAUUACAUUCUGGUGCCGUUAGGGAUGGGUUUGAUGGUAGUCUAUCAUCUAUGGCUUCUCCACCGCAUCAUCCACCGUCCAUCUUCAACCGUCGUCGGCCUUAACGCCUUCAACCGCCGCCUCUGGGUCCAAGCCAUGAUGGAGGACUCAUCAAAAAACGGCGUUCUAGCGGUUCAAACGCUUAGGAACAACAUAAUGGCGUCAACUCUAUUAGCAUCAACCGCAAUCAUGUUGUGUUCACUAAUCGCGGUACUAAUGACCAGCGGUACAGGGGACCGAUCGGUCUGGUUUGUGUUCGGAGACAAAAGCGACCGAGCCUUCUCCGUUAAGUUCUUCUCAAUUCUCGUUUGCUUCUUAGUCGCAUUUCUUCUCAACGUCCAAUCAAUCCGUUAUUACAGCCACGCAAGCAUCCUCAUUAAUGUCCCUUUUAAAAAGCUCAUGGCUGUUUCUUCGGGUAGUCAUAGUCUUAUGAUAAACCAAGACUAUGUAGCUGCCACAGUUAAUCGUGGAAGCUACUUCUGGUCGUUAGGAUUAAGAGCGUUCUACUUCUCAUCACCUCUGUUUCUAUGGAUCUUUGGUCCCAUCCCGAUGUUCAUCACUUGUUGCGUUCUUGUUUCUUUGUUGUACUUCCUGGAUUUAACGUUUGACUCGAUGGAAUGUUGCGUUGGGGUCGCGGACGCGGAGGAGACUGAGAUUAGAAGCUUAGCUCAAAAUGUGUAAUAAGUAGCUUAAAUUGUAUUUUUUUUUGUUUUAUGGAACAUACAAAUCUUUAUAAGUUGUAUUGAUUCAGGUUCAAUGGCAGUUGAACCGUGUCAAAGAGUGUUUAUGUUGCUUAGUGAAUAAAGACUAUAAAGUUUUAUCAGUUCCAAUCCAAGCUUUUCUAAUGUGCAUUAUGAAUCUAAU